CGUAUUUCGACCACGUAGCACUCCCUGCGCAUGUGCAAAACACUGUGGGGGGCCGCCCUAGCUGCCGCCGCCGCCGCCGCCGCCGCCCCACCUCUAUGGUGUCUCCUUAGACCCUUGCUGUUGCGGGCUGCUGCUACGGGCUGGGUUGGCUGGCGCGCAGCGGCAGCGACAUGGAGGAAUUCGACUCUGAAGACUUCUCCACCUCAGAGGAGGACGAGGACUACGUGCCGUCGGGUGGAGAGUAUAGUGAAGAUGAUGUAAAUGAAUUAGUGAAGGAAGAUGAAGUGGAUGGUGAAGAGCAGACACAGAAAACCAAAGGGAAAAAGAGAAAGGCUCAGAGCAUUCCAGCCAGGAAGAAAAAACAAGGUGGCCUCUUGUUAUUAAUAGAAGAGGAGGAAGAGGAGGAUUCCAAUGCAGAAUCUGAAGGGAGUAGCAGUGAGGAGGACGAUGAAACUGCAGAGCAAGAAAAAGGAAUUGGAUCAGAGGAUGCAAGGAAAAAGAAGGAGGAUGAACUCUGGGCUAGCUUCCUCAAUGACGUGGGACCAAAAUCAAAAGUGCCCCCAACUACAGAAGUUAAGACAGGAGAGGAGACUGAAGAGACAAGUUCAAGUAAGUUGGUCAAAACAGAAGAGCUAGAGAAACCUAAAGAAACAGAAAAAGUUAAAAUCACCAAAGUAUUUGAUUUUGCUGGUGAAGAAGUGAGGGUAACUAAGGAAGUGGAUGCUACAUCUAAAGAAGCCAAAUCCUUCCUCAAACAAAAUGAGAAAGAAAAACCAGAGGCCAGUGUCCCUUCAGCUCUGCCAUCCCUCCCUGCUGGGUCAGGGUUAAAAAGAUCAAGUGGCAUGAGCAGCCUUUUGGGGAAAAUUGGCACCAAGAAGCAGAAAAUGAGCACCCUUGAGAAGUCCAAAUUGGACUGGGAGAGCUUCAAGGAGGAAGAGGGGAUUGGUGAAGAACUGGCUAUCCAUAAUCGAGGGAAAGAGGGGUACAUUGAACGGAAAGCUUUCCUAGACCGAGUGGAUCACAGGCAAUUUGAAAUUGAGCGAGAUCUCAGGCUGAGCAAAAUGAAACCUUGAUGUCACGGACAAAAUCGAGAGCAGCUUAAUCCUGUUUACAAUGUGAGCUUCUUGUGCAUCUGUGAAAUGUUUUCCAGUGUUUCUUAUCGACUGUUUCCCGGCAAGGUCUUUUUUUCUACAUUGAAGUUCUGCCUGUAUCUUGAUCUCACAUGGUUUCAUUCAUUUUACUUUUAAAAGUUUGUCCUGAAAUAAAUAAAUAAAUAAAAGCUGGUCCUAUGAGAGGCUGGUGCAGACGAUGACCUCACUCACCUGCCCUUUAUUCUGCUGCCCAGCCCUUCCCAGUCCCAGCCUGCACAUGCCAGCCAUGGUGAAGGGAGCUGACCAGCCAGGGUGUGAGUUUUCUGGGGCCAUGAGGCUCUUUCUGCAGUCAGCCCUGCCCUGGAGACCUAGGGAAGGGGGGUUUCUAGUGAGAAAGGAACACCACGCCCUGGGCAGUUUGUUCUCCAUUCUGCUCAGGCUCCUCUCCUGAUGUCUGUCUCUCCUGAAUGGGAUUCCUGCUGAUAUCAUGUAAGGCUGAAAAUAAGGAUAUGUUACUGCUGAAUUAGCAGAUUUUUUUUUCCUUCAGUCUUUUUCCUAUUACCAAAGAAAAGUCAAAUUGAGAUGUGCUCUCACCUCAAUAAUUCAUCAAGUUUUGGUUUAUCAAAGAAUAUUCUGAAGGACUUUCUUUUUUAUAGUCCCUAAGAAAAUUUAAAUCCCAAACUUCCUGCUUAGAGUCAGACAUUCUCUGGGGAGCAGCAAAGAGGAGAGAGAAAAAUUUUUGAUGAAGAGGGAAAUAGUAGCAGAGACCAUUCAAAUCAAUAAAGCAUUAAACCCCA